AUGGCAGAUUCUGCCAUCACCACCGGUGCUCAGCAUGAUUCCGAUCUGCGUCGGAGAAAUGUCCCAAAUGCUGCCAAGCCUCAGCCGCCCACGCCGCAUGCGGCCGACGAUUUGAAGAAAACAAAGCCUCAGUCGUCAUCCUUUCUGCAAGUCCUGACAACAUGGGAGCCAAUCAUUGCUCCGAUCCUCUUUACGGCUCUCGCUCUGUUCACUCGUCUAUACCGCAUUGGUCGCUCUAACAUUGUGACUUGGGAUGAAGCCCACUUUGGAAAAUUCGGUUCCCACUAUUUGAAGCGCGAAUUCUACUUUGAUGUUCAUCCUCCUCUCGGGAAGAUGCUUGUUGGCCUUUCGGGCUACUUGGCCGGGUACAAUGGGUCCUUUGAGUUCAAGUCAGGCGAAAAGUAUCCCGAGGAUGUAGACUACACUUUCAUGCGUGCGUUUAACGCUAUGUUUGGUGUAGUUUGUAUUCCUCUGGCUUACUACACUGCCCGAGAGCUGAAUUUCCGGCGAGCUGCUGUGUGGCUGGUAACAUUGAUGGUUCUUUGUGAGAAUUCAUACGCGACCAUCUCUCGUUUCAUUCUUCUAGACUCGAUGCUGCUUUGCUUUACUUUCACGACAACCCUCUGUUGGGCCCGGUUCCACCGCCUUCAGCGUGCUAGUUUCUCGUUGCAAUGGUGGCUAUGGCUAUCUCUGACCGGUCUGAGCAUUGGAUGUGUCUGUAGCGUGAAGUGGGUUGGUUUUUGUGUGACUGCACUCGUUGGCCUGUACACAAUCGAAGAUCUGUGGAAUAAGUUUGGUGACCUGAAAAUGCCCCCGGCCACCUUGGCGACACACCUCUUUGCUCGCAUUGGAGGUCUGAUCGUUAUCCCACUUCUCGUCUACUUGUGCUCUUUCUAUUUGCACUUUCUCAUCCUCUCGAAUAGUGGCCCUGGAGACGCCCAGAUGAGUUCUCUUUUCCAAGCCAAUUUGCGUGGCACUGAAGUUGGAAAGGAUAGCCCCCUUGAAGUUGCUAUUGGCUCACGGGUCACCCUGAAGAACAUGGGCUAUGGGGGUGGUCUAUUGCAUUCUCACGUCCAGACUUACCCUGAAGGGUCGCAGCAGCAGCAGGUCACUUGCUAUCACCACAAAGAUGCGAAUAAUGAUUGGUUCAUCUAUCCCAACCGCCAAGAGCCAGAUUACGAUGCUGAAGCCGAUAUUCGAUUCAUAGGCGAUGGAGAUACCAUCCGUCUGAUACACGGACAGACUGGCCGAAACUUACACUCCCACGCUAUCCCUGCACCUGUCUCAAAAUCACACUAUGAGGUAUCGAGCUACGGAAACAUCACUAUUGGCGACGACAAAGACCAUUGGAAGAUCGAAGUUGUUGAUGAUGCUGCCUCGCGGGAUCGUUCUCGGGUACGGACAUUGACGACUUCAUUCCGGCUCCGCCAUCCAGUGCUAGGGUGUUACCUGCGAGCUGGCAAUGUCAACCUUCCGCAAUGGGGCUUCAAGCAGAUAGAGACCACUUGCGUUAAGGAGAACAAACCGCGGGACGUGUACACUCAUUGGAAUAUUGAGUCACAUUCUAAUGACCGCUUGCCUCCUAGUGACCCUGGAUCUUACAAGUCGCCUUUCUUGAAAGAUUUUAUCCACUUGAACGUGGCAAUGAUGACCUCAAACAAUGCGCUGGUUCCCGACCCUGAUAAGCAAGAUGACCUCGCCUCGAAGUUCUGGCAGUGGCCUAUCUUAGAUGUGGGGCUGCGCAUGUGCUCUUGGGACGAUAGCGUUGUCAAGUAUUUCCUUCUUGGUGUCUUUGGACUUUUGUUCCUAUGGUAUCUUCUGCGCUGGCAGCGAGGCUAUCAGGAUCUCAGCCAAGCAGACAUGGAUCACAUUCACUACUCUGGUUUGUAUGUCUUCAUUGGCUGGGUCUUGCAUUAUUUGCCCUUCAUUAUCAUGGGCCGCGUGACAUAUGUCCAUCACUACUACCCAGCUCUCUACUAUGCAAUUCUGACCUUUAGUUUCUGCGUCGACUGGAUCACUCGCAGACUUAACACGAAGGUUAGUGCGGUGGUUUAUGCCAUCCUGUACACCAUUGUCGUUGGUCUCUUUGUUCACUUCCGCGACAUUGUGUUUGGGAUGGAAGGCCCUAAUCAGCAGUGGGCAUACUUGCGGUGGUUUUCCAAGUGGAGGAUCUCGAACUGA